CCACGACCCAAAAGCGCGACCACCGUCUUUGUGCGCGCACACGCCACACACCGUCGUCGUAUAGUUGCAAUCGUUUUGUCGACACGUUGAUACGGUUUUCAAAUUGUUUUUUAUGUUUUUUUCAAAUUUAUUCGAAUAGUAAUCGUUAUUUUACUUAAUUUUUUAUGUAACCGCCGAACGUGCAGCGUUUUGCACACUUCGAUCGACAUGUUCGAGAAAACGUUCAGUUCGUGCACCAGUAGUGGCAAAUUGUCGGGUGUACGGUACCUUCAGAGUCUACUGUUGUUCCUAUGUCUGGUCGCGGCCUACCUGUUGCGCGUGAGCAUAUCCGUGGCUAUCGUGGCCAUGACACCGGACAAGAAUUCCACAGAUUUCAUAUCCGAAGUCCAUUAUCACAUCCCUGUGUUCGAAUGGACUCAGCGCACGAAGAGUCUGAUCUUGAGCGCUUUCUUCUGGGGUUACCUCAUAAUGAAUCUGCCCGCUGCCAUGCUUGGCCGUCGGUAUAACAAUCAAAUGCUGUUGGCGAUGAGCAUGAUUUUGACGGUCGCCCUAAGUCUCGUCACGCCAACUCUAGUCGUGGCUUUUGAUUGGCCGGUGCUCGUGUUCAUUAGGUUUUUACAAGGAAUCACACAGGCGUUCACCAUGCCAAUGAUUCACGGCAUCAGCGCCAAAUGGGCUCCACCAAAUGAACGAGGCCGUCUCGUCGGAUUCGUGUUGGGAGGUCUUCAGUUCGGCACGGUCCUCACGUUGGUUGGAUCGGGGCUGUUGGCCGGAAGCCGGUGCGGAUGGCCGGCCAUAUACUAUGUGAGUGGUGCUUUCGGAAUCGUUUGGGUGGUGUUGUGGCUAUCGUUGGGAUCAGAGAGCCCGGCAACUCAUCGACUCAUCUCGUCGGCCGAGAAAAACUACAUCCAGGCAUCGUUGACGCAAACCAUUUCCAGCCAAAAAAAUUUAAUUACUCCUUGGAAAGAGAUCUUCUCGUCGAUGCCAGUGUGGGCCGUUACCAUAUCGCACGCGGGACACAAUUGUGGAUUCUGGCUGUUGCUAAGUGAAAUGCCGACGUUCAUCAGCUCCGUGCUUAAGUUCGACAUAAAAUCGGAUGGAUUGGUGUCCGCGUUACCGUACUUGGCCAUGUGGCUGUGUCAAUUUCCAGUCACGUACUUUUCUGACAUCAUGAACAAGAAGAACGUGACAUCUCUGACGGCGUCGAGGAAAAUUUGGAAUACUAUCGGUAUGAGCGGUGGAGCGGUUGGACUGAUAACGCUGGCAUACAUGGGCGAAAACGCUAAUGCCGCCAUAACCCUGUACAUUUUCGUGGUGGCCAUUGGAUGCUGUACAAACGUGGGAUUCAAUAUUAAUCAUUUGGACUUGGCGCCUAAUUACGCCGGCAUACUCAUGGGCAUUACUAACGCAGUGGCUUCGCUCGGUGGAUUGUUGGCGCCAAUGCUAGUCGGGUUCAUCGUACACGACCAAACUUCAGUUGACGAAUGGAGAAUCGUGUUUACCCUGGGCGCAGCCGUGUUGUUCUUUUCGAGUAUUUUUUAUUUACUAUUCGGUUCCGCUGAGGUGCAACCGUGGAACGAUCCUGCAAACAAAGACGUCGGUUUGCGUGGGUCUUUGCAGAUGAAAACCGAUUACGGGUCUGCCGGAUACGCGUCGCCGACAUUUGGUAAAUUUGCGUAAAUCCAAUACACGAUUUGCGCGAAAAUUUUGAGAAAAACGAACAUGUAUGUUUUUUUUCGCCCACAGUUAAAGUUUCUUCAAGGUCUGCGCUGUUCGUAAGACAAUUAUAUUAAUUACCACGGACUUUAUACGACUAUUAUUAUACGAAGAAAUCGGAUUAUAUAGAUACAAAAAAAAAAAAAAUCUAGUGAGCCGCGGACACACACACAUUACAUUACAUUUUUAUUCAUUUGUUUUUUUUCUUCAUUUUUGUGGGUUAAUUAUUAUUUGUUUGUUUUAAAACAUCAAAUUUACUGCGAAGGCAAUCGUUUGAUUUCCGUUACGGUUUCGCCGAUUCCUAGCCGAAACAUUAUACGGCGCCUAAAGAUGUUUGCACGUCAAAAAGUAAAAGUAUAUUAUAUUUUUUUAUAGUUAUUAUACGUUGUUUUUUUAAAAAAAUAAACUUUUAUUUUUUGUUAUUA